CCUUAAGAAAACAAGAUGGCGAAGAAUGCUCAGCUUAGCGAGUGAUAUUUACGUUGCGCCUUUCUUUUUCUGUAAAGAGCAGCCUUUUACUUCGUAGGUAGACGCCAAUUCCUGUCAUCGUUGUUCACCAUGUAUUCUGAAUGGGUUUCUCUUCGAAACACGCUACAGCGCGAUCGUAACAACAGGAGUGUUCUGAAAAGUUUUCCUCCUAAUGUAGGAAGCGAAGUUGUCCACACAGUAGUGAAAACUCUGACACAACCGGGGAAUCAAGAUUACACGACUCUGAGUACUGAGAAACAGUUUGACUGGGUCAUGGAAGUGUUUUGUUAUGGACUCACGCUUCAAAUGACGGAAAGUGAUGGCGAAAUUGUUAAGGGUUGUGUCAACAUUUACUUAGACUGGUUGUCGAUGCUUACAAAUCCCAAGAAAGGCAUUCCCGAACCGUUGCUGAAAGCGCCAGAUAAGUACGCAAAAGAGAUCUUUCAGCAUUUUCGUAAUCUUUUCGUCCUGCGAGAAGAGGGUAAUCUGGCUUUACAAGUUUCGUUAUGCAUCAGAGUGCUGCAAGCAAUUCAAGUCACGGCUUCAGAGGCAAGAAUGUCGCCGCUAACAUGGGAAACCUUGCUCAAGUCCUUGAUGAUAAUUAAUGACACGCUCUUGUCACCACCAAACAGAACAGGGGGUCUUGCAGAACUCUUGUGUGAGAAGCUGAUCAGUGUUUUGCUGGAAGUGUGGUUGUAUGCCAGCUGUCACCAUUUCCCAACGCCGUCAAUGUGGAAAACUCUGCAUGAGCUUUGCACGUCAUGGCGUCAUCAUAGCGCGAUGAUCAACCACUGGAGUAGAACAGCACUUGCUCUCACCAGAAGAGUCAUACAGUACAUGUAUGGUCCUAGCUUUCCCCUUCCUACUCUACCCCACAGGAAGAGUGAUGUCCAACUGCCAGUCAAUUUAGGCGAUGAAUGCCUCAUUCAGUGCUGGUUCCGGAUACUUCACAUAAUUGGUAACCCUGUGGAUCUUUGCAAGAAAGAGAUAAUCAGUGAUACUCCCAGAUUUAAGGAGUUUGCUUUGUCAAGUGAGGAAGUGAUUACACCUUCCUCUCAUCCUUGUUUGAAGGCACUUCCACAGAACUUCUUACAAGCAAUGAAAGGAGUAGCAGUCCUUGUAAAUGCCUUUCUCACCAUCACAACAACUCAGGAUGAGCCAGUGAAACACAUACCAAUCCCAGCUCCAACAAAAACUGCAACUCCACCAACUACCAAGAAACGUGAACAGAAAGCCUUGAGUAUUGGUGUGGCUUUAGGUUUGAGUGAUGCCACUGGUUUAGCAUCAAGAUCUCAAACCCUGCCAUCAAGACCAAGUAGUGGUACAUCAUCCAGUAGUCUGCCACAUUUUGAGACCUUCCACUCAGAGUUAGCAAGUGUUCCAUCAUCCUCCUCACUGUUAUUCUCUACUUCAUUCAAAUCUGAUGCUCACAAACCAUCAGGAGAUAGUGUGCUCCAUUUGUUUGGAGCAUGGCUCUUUGAGGCUGUUUUUGCAAAACUGGACAUGGCAGCAAAUUUCAAGGCUCUUGGAAAGAUAUAUGAUGGGUUUAUAACAAAUUCUGGCCAAGCUGACACAGCAGGAGGGAUCAAAACAGGUGUUGAGAAGGGUGGCCAAGCCAUGGACAGCAGAUUUGAACCAGGCAGAGCUGAAGCAUAUGGUGCUCUGUGUCGCAUCUUUUGUAGCCAUCGUUCUGGUCAAGAGGUUCGCCCUGUCUACCUUUCCCGGUUUUAUUUAGCCUUGGCCAUUGGAUUGUUAUAUUCAGAGUCCUGCACUGGUCAUGUGCUCUGUAGUAUAUUACUGAACUCAGCCGAUCUGUUGAGAGUGGAUCUGCAGGGAGUCCAGGUGUUGUUACCACACCUUAUCAUGGCACUUGAAACUGUGCUGCCAAGAAAUGACAUCCAAAUCAGAUGUAAAGUGUCCACUACUGAGCUUCGAAGAGCUGCCAUCCAUCUCCUGUUAUCCAUGCUUUGCUUACCGCUGCAUUUUCAGGAUCUUGACAUAAAAGACAUGACAGCAGGAUGGAGGAAGAAGCACACUGCUAGGCAGGAGGGGCACGAUGAACACCAGUCCCUGACAUUCAUCUCCUUGAAGCCAAGGCUCAUUCGACUGCUGCUAGAAGCUCUUCAGUGUGAAUCGGACUCAUUCAAUGUUCAGAUUCUUUUGGGAGGAAUGUCUCUGCUAAUUCAAGACAGUGAGACAGCUGAAUCCCUUGGGAUCUCCUCCCCCAAGAUGGACUCGGUAAGUCAUGGAGUGGAAAGGCCACAGGCCUCCCAGGAAAACAGGCGCCGAGCAAGCACUGGAAGCAGCUCAGUGUCUGAGACAGGAAGUACGAGUGAAGUGGACAGUGGCAGCAGGAUUCAGUACAGUCAGCCUUUCAACAAAUCUUAUGACCUCUCAACUGUUCAAGGUCUGUUUGUACAGUUGACGCACCUUCUGUGUAACAAGUUGGUUGUGAUCAGAAGCAGUCGUUGGAAAACUGACGUUCACAUCACUUUGGCUGCCUUUGAGCUUCUGUCAGGCUUAGCAAAGCUCAGUAUGGGUCAUCUGGAUCAAGGUGAGUGCAAGAGUACAAUCCACUGGCUGUGUGAUUACAUCACUUACCAAGCCAAUAAGAAGGCCAUACACCACUCACGCGAUCUUCACUCCAUGAUCGUAGCCGCUUUCAGCUGCCUUCAGUCUUGGAUAAUGUCGCAUCCAUGGCUCUUAGACAGCCAGGGCUGUUUACAUGUCGUCAUGGAAGUGGUAGAGCUUGGAAUUUCAGGAAGCAAGUCGAACGAAAUUUCAAGAGACCCUCAGCUUGGAACGGACGUGGCUCCCCGUCUGAAAGGUGACAAAGAAUUAAAACCAGUGUCAUUCCGUGUAAGAGAAGCUGCUGAAGGAAUGCUUACAGUCAUUAUGGAACACUUGGGAGCGUUUCCAUCCCCGUGCGGUCCGGCAGCGUUAUCGUCGCUGCUAGAUGAGAAAUGGGUUUUGAAGCACGUUCAGUCGAAUGAUUCAUCAACAGAGACCCGUCGCAAAUUCCAGUACUAUGUGAUACAGGACAGUUGCAUUAUCAUGGGAUUACUGGAAGAAUCUUUAAGAGAUAAAGACCCGUUACCGGCUUUGUCAUCAGUUAUACGUGGCCCUGCUGGUCGAUAUGUCUGGACCAUGCAGUUACGACAGUUCUCUAGGGAGAAAAAUGACCUCAUAGAGGCCCACUUGAAGGACCCAGGCCGUCCGUCGCCAGACAAAACUCAGCCUCACUCACCACUGAACCUUAAACACAGGGCCUUUCCUGAGGCUGUGGAUUCAGUGCCUCUUACUAAAGCGGACCGCAGUAUACCAGAACUCGACCAAAUUCUGGAUGCGAAGUUAAGUGAAGUACAGGAUCAUAUGCGGACACUGAUGCAGAAACAGCUGGAACAUGAAACUGUUGCCCAGUCAAAACUAGACGAGGAAGAAGCCAGGGUGAAGUUUCCCGAUGAAAAGACAGAAAUCAAACCACCCCGGCCGUGUCAGGAUUUUAGUCCGUCUCGUUUGCUGUUAUCCCACUUUGGACUGCUUACCAUUGAAGGACUGAAGGGAAAUCCUAUCCGACCAUUUGAGGAGGCGAGCCUGUUAGCGCUAAACUCCACAUCAGAGGGACUCUCUAAAGCUCUAGAGGAACUGGAUCAGGUCUCCACCCGCACACAAGAUACUGUACUGGUGUUCUACGUGAAAGCAGAGCAGGGAAACGCCCACGAAAUAAUAGAAAACCAGAUUAACACCUGUAAGCACUCAAAAGCUUUCAGAGAGUUUUUGCUUUCCCUGGGAUGGCCUGUUGAUGUGGCCUCGCACCCAGGAUGGUCGGGAAACAUCCAAGAGGCUUGGAACCGAAACAGAAAUGAUGACGACACUGUCACGCUGCGCCAGCGUGACAGUCCUCUCCAGUCCUCUCAAAGCGUCUCGACUCUUACAAGCAGCGAAGAACGAGACAUAUCUGGCAACAGUAGCGAUAGAUACACAUCCUGUCUCGACAGUUUUGAUAGCAAAGCCUCCAGUAGCGGAAAAGAUUCUCCAGCGAUGAAUUCUACUGCUACUCGUGUGCCUCUAGAAAAGAUGGCCGACGAAAUAUUUUAUUUUGCAGACGUGAGCUGCGAGGUUGCGUUCAUUGUACCUUCUUUGUUACCAAGUUAUCAGCGUUUCCGCCAUAUGGCUUCACAUGCUGAGAGUUGGGAAGAUCUGGGGUAUGCACCGAGAAAAAGGACUCGAUCGGGCAGCACGGGGAGCCUGGAAACUAUUAGCAGUGGUGGUGGCAGUCAAUUCGAUGUCAGAAGCAAAUUUUCUCGGAAAGUGUCGGAAGGGCCUGGAUACGAGUUCCAACAUCGGACCAUGUCAACUCUCGGGCAUUCCUUGUCCUUAGACAGUCGACCGCUGUCCAGAUUAAGCACCCACAAUACCUCGUCGGAGACAAACGUAGUGGUGGCGUGGCUGGAGCGAUUUGAGGAUCAUGCGCAGUUCCCCGUGGAUGAUCUGUUAAUGGAGUUUGACAUCUGUUGUAGUGAUUCAACUCGAAGUUUAUUCGAUAAAGAAACGGUAGUAAUCUUCAUUCACCAUCUCAGGAGCGGUCUGUACCGCAUUCAUAUCAGGUCCACCAUCAGGUCUCCUAUUGGCGGACCACUCGUAGACGGUAUGGUAGUUAGCCGCCGAGUCCUGGGUACCAUGGUGCGACAGACCGCUCUCAACAUUCGUCGACGGCGCAGGCUGGAGAUUGAUACAUAUUCCCCUCCUCAAGUUUGCCGUAAAUUGAAGAUUCAAGACAUAGUCAAGAAAUUCCGUCAUCAAUAUUCGGUUCCUGAUUUUUAUGUAUCACUAUUUCGAAAUGGAGUUAAAUAGUUUUGCUCAUGCUAGAGGAGAUUUAAAUUGCGUUCCGAAAUUCA